AAUUUAAUCUGUUGUUUCUGUUUAUUAAGAACCAGAAAUGUGCGGCGCCCGGAGAGUGACGUCAUUCACCUGCGACUCGUGUGGGCUGUAGCGCGUGUAUAGUAUGUAGUAGUAGUUUACCCCGUUGUACUGUAACUUUGUCUUUAAGCUCUUUAUCUUUCUCACUAACUCAUUAACACACACACACACACACACACACACACACACACACACACACACACACACACACACACACACACACACACACACACACACACACACACACACACAGUGAGGGUCAGAAUGAGUGUGUGUAUGCCUCAGAAGAAGUUUUAUCGGCAGAGAGCUCACUCUAAUCCCAUGGCUGAUCACACAUUCGACUAUCCUGUGUGCCCGGAGCAGAUGGACUGGUCCCAGCUUUAUCCUGAGUAUUUCAGCUCAGACAGAGAACAGAUGGAGUCGCAGGGCCGGAGCACUCAGGUGGAGUUUGCAGAUAUCGGGUGUGGAUACGGAGGACUUCUGGUGGAGUUGUCUCCGCUCUUCCCUGAUCGGCUCAUUCUGGGUUUGGAGAUUCGGGUUAAAGUCUCAGAUUACGUUCAGGACAGAAUCCGAUCACUCCGAGCCUCAGAACCGGGAAAAUACCAGAAUAUCGCAUGUCUGCGCAGCAACGCCAUGAAAUAUCUCCCUAACUUCUUCUCUAAAGGACAACUCAGUAAGAUGUUCUUCUUGUUUCCGGAUCCACAUUUCAAAAAAACAAAGCACAAAUGGAGGAUCAUCAGUCCAACGUUAUUAGCGGAGUAUGCAUACACACUCCGUGUCAGGGGUUUAGUUUACACCAUGACCGAUGUAGAGGAAGUGAACCUGUGGAUGGUGAAGCACUUUACAGAGCAUCCGCUAUUCAGCCAAGUGUCUGAGGAAGAGCUGAAGGAUGACAUCAUCGUGAGUCGUUUAGGAACUUGUACAGAAGAAGGGAAGAAGGUAAAGAGAAAUGGAGGGAAGAAUUUCCUCGCUGUUUUUCGCAGAGUCGAGGAUCCGAGCUGAAAGUCUUUCCUCCAAAAGCCCAGAGUGAUCACAUCGUCUCCUGAGCUCCAAACACACUGAACUGUUUCCUGUUUCCUGUUUCCUGUUUCCUGUUCUAUACUAUAAGGAUAAAUAAAGCUAAUAAACACACAACUGAAACUAAA